AUGGAGAGAGAGAAUUGGACUACGGUGACAGAGAUAAUUCUUAUUGGGCUACCUACCACUGAAGCACUACAGGGACUCUUGUUCUUCAUUUUUUUAUUGGAUUAUUUGGUGACUGUCUUAGGGAACACCCUCAUCAUUACACUGAUCCUUGUGGAUUACAGGCUCCACUCACCCAUGUAUUUCUUCCUUAGCAAUCUCUGUUUCAGUGAAAUAUUAACCACCACCUGUGCUGUUCCCAAGAUGCUAGCAGGCUUCCUCUCAAAAAGGAACAGAAUCUCCUUUAGUGAAUGCUUCACCCAGUCCUAUUUCUACUUCCUCUCUGGAUGCACUGAGUUUAUUCUUUUUGCAGUCAUGUCCUGUGACCGUUAUGUAGCCAUCUGCCAUCCCCUUCAGUACCCUACAAUUAUGACCAACUUACUCUGUGUCCAUCUUGCCAUCCUCUCCUGGGUGGGUAGCUUUCUUCUCAUACUCCCAUCCACAAUCCUAAAGGCAAGACUGACAUAUUGUGGCCCCAAUGUGAUUGAUCAUAUUUUCUGUGACAGUGCCCCCCUUCUGCACUUGGCCUGUGCUGAUAUACAUGCCAUAGAGCUAUUGGAUUUCCUCAGCUCCCUGGUCCUGCUCAUCAGCUCCCUCUCACUCACCAUAGUCUCCUAUGCUUACAUCAUCUCCACCAUUCUGAAGAUACCCUCAGGCCAAGGACAACAGAAGGCCUUUGCCACCUGUGCCUCUCAUUUCACUGUGGUCUCCAUGGGUUAUGGAAUCUCCAUCUUUGUCUAUGUCCGUCCCUCACAGGAGAGCACCCUGCACCUCAACAAGAUCCUCUUUAUUCUCUCCAGUGUCAUCACACCACUGAUGAAUCCCUUUAUCUUUAGUCUAAGGAAUGAAUCUAUGAAAAAUGCACUGAAGGACAUGUUUUCCAAGGGCCAAGAAUUCCUUAAGAGGAUGAUGUGUAUGUAA